CCCUAGUAGCUAGGGCUUUUUGUCAAGAACUUGCCCCGACCGUCCUCCUCUACUGCUCGUUGUCUCUUCAACUUCCCUUUCUCUCCUUCUCACUUCGACAAACCCUUUCUCUUCUUCUCAGUUCUCGACGUCGACAGCUUCUCCCACCUCCGACGUUUCUCUUGGUGCUGGCGCCUCCCACCUCUGACCUCCGUCCAGCCCCGCCCCACCGUCCAACGCUUUCCAGCGACAUCCAGCCGGUGGAGCCCCUCCUCUCCGGCAAUCUCACAUCGCCUGCCCUUGCCAGCAACAUUAGGUCUGGUGACCUUAGGCUCACUGCUUCUAUUGCUCAAAUUUACAAUCCCUAUGUCUUAUUAAGGUGAAAUAAUCGACUAGGGUUAAUUAGGAACAAAGACACAUGGAAACGGGAAAGGGGAUGAACAAGAAACACACAAUAUGUUUGAUUAGGUGAAAUCAUCGGUUUUGUCAAUUUUCUUGCCAUCAUUGGUACUACCGGAAAGCUUAGUUGGCAGGAGGAGCCGCUUCACUUUGGCGGUCAAGAAUAAAGAUCAUAACCUGUUAUUUGUUUGUAACAGCGUGUUCCCUUAUAUGAUGCAAGUGCCAAUGUGUUAAGAGGAGAGUUCCUUCAUGGAGGUGCAGUUCUUGAUGCUGCUUUUCAUGAUGAUACUCUGGUUUAGUGCUAGUGCAGAUAACACUGUCACAAGGCUUGUUUUUGACCACGAAAGGGAGGAUCUUUUGGGACGCCAUGAUGCCCAUGUUCGCUGUAUCGAGUACUCUUAUGCAACAGGGCAAGUGAUUACAGGGAGUUGGGACAAAACUUUGAAGUGUUGGGACCCACGUGGUGGAGAGGUGAAGGGAAGUCAAAUCAUCUUUUAUGCGGAAAAUUUUCCAUCUGGUGAUAUAGUUGCUCUUGUUUACUUAUGGAAUCCUUUGACCAUAAUCACUUGUUUGGGAUAUUCAACAUCACCAAUCGAAAAUCUAGUGACUGUAUUAUCAAUAUAUGGGGCUUGCAUGAGUUAUGCACUUAGCUCUGUAGAAGGUCGUGUUGCAAUGGAGUUUUUUGAUGCCAUUAACAGAACUUUGCAAUUCAAGGUAACUUCACCAGAGGCAGCUCUGGUUUUUCUUCAAGCAUGGAAUCGAUUGACCAGUUACUCUCAUGUCAUCUACAAUCAUAGAGCUGCUGGGACCCCAAAUGUGAAGGUAGCUGCAGUUGGAACUGGUACAGCAACCAUAUUUCAUGAAGCUACACCUUCAUCUGAGCAGUUUAUUGAAGUUGCCUUUACUCCAUCAAAAGCAACUGGCAAGGUUCUUGCUUCAGAGCCUCCAAAGCAAGGGAAUGAAAGAUGCACUGUGUUGUAUCCUGCCUCUGCAAAAGUUGGUCAUGAUAUAGGAACCUGUACAACAUGUGGAUCAAACCAUUCUACAACAAGCACUCUCUGCUUCUGUAGUUGCAGUUGCAUCACCUUCUACAGUUGGGUAAUUAAUAUUCUGAUGCUAAAUUCUCUUACUAUUUUCUUUGUAUUUCAGCUUAUAUUUUCUCUUAUUCUACAACACUGCUUUGGUGGAUCUUCUACCUGA